UUCUACGUUUUGCGAAAUAAAAACGUUAAACUUAAUGCCAUUUCCUUUCCCCCCGUAUUGCUACUGAUUGAAGAACUGUACACACCGACGCAUCUCAGCUCACACUAGUUUUUAGCUAACUUAUAUCUUCCUCUAGCCGUCUUGUAUUUGGUCUGUCUGUCUGUCUUGAAUACUGUCACUGUUGACUGACCAAUCAGAGCCAAGCGUUCCCCAGACAAUACCAUGCAUUUACUACAAUUAUGUUUCGCAAUUAAUCCAAAUUACCCUGGAGACAGUAAUUGUUUAGCAGCUUAGGACCACGACAACCGAGAUCUACUGCUGUUAUUGAUAACUAUCCACGUAUUAAAUGAAUUAGAACGAAAAUAUCGUAGGGUAGAACACGAAGAUCGUUGGAUAAUCUUUUUCUUAUUGUCGAAGAAGACUUGAACAACAAGAGCAAGCGAGAUGCCUGAAUCACACACUAGACCAAAGUCAAGUUAUUUUAGGACAUCCCUGAAACAUGAACUUGUGCGACAAGAUAUUGAUGAAAAGUGGAAAAGAGUCGUGAUGACUCCUACAGGAAUCAAGAUUAUUCGAAUACAGCCGACAAUAAACAAUGACUCUCUGCUCAAGUACCAGUCUCGGCCAGGAACCUCGUCCUCUCUCAGAGGGUCCUUAUCUCCAAGGCAUACGUCAACCCCUACCAAAGGAAGGACCAUUUCACCAGUACCCCCUUCACAAAGCCGACCAGGUACUUCAACGCCGAAGAACAAUGGAAGGGCUAUGUCAGCCUCAUCUAUGAGGUCCACGGGGACACAAACAAGUCUUGAAGGCACUGUUCCUCGUACUGGUCUUGUUCUAGAGAAGCCCCCAGCACCAGCCGUCAGACCAGGCUCGUCCCGGAGCACCCAAAGUGCUACCUAUAAUUCUAGAAGCCAGUCAUGUCAGCCUCCUCACAUGUACAUGAACGAUAACCUGCGACGAGCUGCCAAGCACAACCGCCCAGCAAGUCAUGUUCACUCGUGUGGAAUAACCGAAGACCUCACGAACAAACAACCUACGAGCCCGAGACGAUUCGACGGCACAGUCGUAACGCUACCGAAGUUCGUGAAGGGGAAUGAAUUUUUAACUCACGAGGAUUUAUCGAUUGGUCAAAAGCAGUACAUCUGGGGAAUUGCACGGAUUUAUUCUGUGUCUAAUAUGAUACAGUUGAAACAGAGACAGUAUCAAAGUUUGCUUGAUUAUGACUUUAACCGUAGAAUUCAGAACAAGGACUUGAAGGAACAUGAGAGAAAGAAAGAGUGGAGGGAAUAUAUACGAUACUCGAAGUUCAUCAAGAGACAAGAUCUGCGCAUUCCACGUGCGGGCAGACAACAAGGCUCCCCUGCCACCCCAUGUGAGGAGGUAUCUCAUAUUCACCGUCACGUAGUCAAAGGUUGGACAACGAACCCUCAUUCAGAUGCAGCAUACCGACAUGACAAACAAGAAAGGGGUAGAGAACAAAAAGAAGAAGACGAAGAAGCUGUACGUAGGUUACCAGAUGAGAGCGAUACAGAGACUAGUUCACCUGAUACGAUGUCUGGACGGUACGAAGUGGUACUCCUUAAGACACCAAAAGAUACAUCUGAGGAUGAAAAAACGAGCAAACAAGAAGAACAAAUUUCAGAAUCAGCUGAUUCACCACGAAACGAGGAAAAAGAUGAGGACGCAGACGUUGAUAAAACUGGCGCUACCAGUGAGCUCUUAUCCGAAGGAGAAGAAAGCAACUAUCUAUAAAUAUAAAUGAGGAUGGUUUCUUCAGGAUAGCUUGAUUUCGCAUUAGUUAGAGUUUCUGAAUUCUAGUAUUUCAUUUUUUAAUAGGAUACUUUGCAAUUUUGAUAAGAUAUUUUGAUAAGAUAUUUUGUAAUUUUUAUAUUUAAAGUGAACCUUGUGAUAUGGAAAUUAAUCAUUAGAUUAUUUAUAUUCUUAAUUGGUUUUGGAGUGAACGAGUAUAGCGAGUAUAUAUAACCAUUCACCUUCACAGAGCCUGCGCUUUUACCAGCCAGCGGAAGGCAAAAGCGCAGGCUCUGGAAAUGAGAAUAUAGUAUCCAUAAUACAUGUUGAUUAAAAGUUUUGUUUUCAAAA